CGGCGGCUAAGAUGCCUAACGAGGACCCCUUUUCCAAACUUGACGAGCCGCUCGAGGAGCUCUCGGGGGUGAAGGAGCCUGAUGAUAGUUCGGUGCCCGACUUAGCGGGCCUCAUGCAGAAGACGAAGAAACCUCCUCGCCUGCCUAAGUGUGCCAGGUGUAGGAACCAUGGAUACGCUUCGCCUCUAAAGGGGCAUAAACGCUUCUGCAUGUGGCGCGAUUGCCAGUGCAAGAAAUGCAACCUGAUCGCGGAGAGGCAACGGGUGAUGGCGGCUCAGGUGGCCUUACGAAGGCAACAGGCUCAAGAAGAAGAGUUGGGAAUUAGCCAGCCCAUCCCCUUGCCCAGUGCUGCAGACUUGCUUGUUAAGAAGGAAAAUAAUGGUAGCAACUCCUGCUUAAUGACAGAAAACAGCAGCUUGACACUUUCAGCAAACACUUCAACUACCACAGCAGGUUGGUGGUGCCAUAUGGAAUCCUCUGGACAAAUACCUCAGGAAGGAUCUGAGGGACGGAUGGUCCUUCAGGAAAUCCCUUCUAUCUCCAGCAGAGGGCACAUGGAGAACACAUCUGAAUUGGUUGCAGACUCCACCUACUUCAGCAGCUUUUAUCAGCCCCCUCUGUUUCCCUACUACAACAAUCUAUACAACUAUCCCCAGUAUUCUGUUACCUUGACUACUGAUUCCACUUCGGGUGACAUGGGAAGUGCUCUAGGUGGGUCUUCUAUGAAAAACAGCUUCCGGAAUCUCCCAGGAACUUUUAUGUCCAGCCAAUCAGGAAACCAGUGGCAGGUGAGAUUUGCCCUGAAUAGAUUCAAGUCACCAGAAGAACUUUCCCCUAGAAAAAUCCUCUACCAACAAACCCCGAGCUCCAUGCAGACAUGGCCACUGAGUUCUCAGAUGAAGACCACUGAGAAUCGCCAUGCUGUGAGUUCUCAAUACAGGAUGCAUUCCUACUACCCUACUACCUCCUAUCUGGGCCAGAGUGUUUCACAGAUCUUCACUUUUGAGGAGACCCCUACUUUCUCAGAAGCAAAGCCAAGUGAUCCAGGUUCAAGUGGAAUCGAACAGAUCCAAAGACAGUCUCCAGGCACAUCAGGGAUAUUGGGAAGUUCGAUGAGAGUCAGUCAAAUGCUUGGAGAUUCACAGAUGAAAGUAUUUUCACCACCCAGCAGUCAAGACUCUGGCUUAGUUUCUCUUUCCAGCAGUUCUCCUAUUAGUAAUGCAAGCACAAAAGGCACUCUGGAGUGUGAAUCAGCUUCGGAAUCUGGCACCUUCACGGUUAAUGCUGUCUUAGAAGAUAAUGAAUAAGCAAAGUUCUAGAUAUGAGUCUGUGGCUUAUUUAGAAGAACGGGCACAUUCUAUUAGAAGCCAAAUAUUCGUGUUUGUGUUUUGCAUUGGCUAAAGAUGAAGUAACUUCUGAGAAAGUGUUUAGUUGUUUCUCAUCAAGCUUAUGUUAUACUGACCAAAGGUUAACACUUUUGUAAUGGCUUAGGUGCCAUAACUUUACAAACUGCAUUGCAGAGUUUAAGUGCAUUGCACAGAGUAUACUGUAGCUCUCUUUUUGUUCUUCAUUUUUAUGGCUUUGUAUUUGAAAUAGGUUUACCACCAAAUACAGUGGCCUUAAGUAGCACACUUUAAUGUAAAUGAAGUAUAAUCAAAGUGAUGGUAGUUUCAGCUGAAAAUUACACAAUAGGAUUCUCUGAAAUUUUGAUUAGUAGGUUACAUAGUAAAACUGUAUGGUAAGUUAAAUUUAACUAAAUCCUGGUCAGUGAGCCGAAACCAACUGAUCAUGUGCAACUAAUAUGCUUGUUUUAAUUUUUGCAUAUUUUGAGCAAAUAUAAAGAACCUGACAUGAUUGAAAACUCUGUGUCUGAAGAAAGCAACAAACCCUUAAGCUUUAACACAAAUUUUCAAGUAUGGUAAUUCGUGUAAGGCAUGUGUUCUUCAUUGUUUCUAGGAUUAUACUAGAGUUCGUUCACAUGCUCUCUUUACUAGUUGAAUACAGUUAACAUUUUGCGUGUUACAGUGUAGUGUUCCGUAGAACAGAUUGUAGGUGAAACUGAAAGUAAAUAUGCUUUUAAAAGUUGCUACCGAUUUCUGUUCAUAAUUUUGUUAAAAUCAGCUUACAAGAGUACUCUCCUUACGUUACAGAAGCCAACCUGAAAUGAAACUAGUCGAGAAAAAUUCAUUGUUCUCUGUAGUUGCAGCUGUACCAGAAAUAAAAAUGUUAUUGAUGACUGAAUUUUCUUGUGUGUAUAUUUGGUGAGCAGUAUU